AUGUAAAUUUCAAAGAAUUCUGGAUUAAAUCAUGAUGAUGUCUCUGAUAUUAAAGUCUUUCUAAGAACCUACAAUGAUGCAAUCUAGUGUGCUAAAUCUGUAGCGGAGAGAGAUGCUCAAGUCCAUCACUACAAAUAAUACAUGAAAAUUUUGAUAGAUUCACUUAAACAGGAUAAGAUGAUGAUUGAUAGUCAAAACUAAAUAAUUGCUGCUGAAGACCCAGGUGCGGCCAAUAUUUAUCAACUCAUUAAGUUUUCCUAAUCACUGUUCUAGAAAUAUAAAUUUGACGAAGUAGAUAGCAAGAAAGAUUUUGAAAAGAAGCUAGAUCAAGCCAUCACUUCAAUGGAAAAAGAAAUAUAAGUAAGGAGAGCCAAUAUUCAAAAAUUAAUGAGUGAAGUAAAUCUUAAUAAAAAGGAGAUACUAGUAUGA